UAAUAAUCAAUGUCAUAAAUGUAGUUGGGUGGCAGUUCCAGAAAGAUCGACCCUUUUAUUUCAAUCCACUUCAUUUUCUGUUGUAUCCUUGUCACGAAGGCCAUGGCGGAUUCAGGUGCAAGCACCGUCCUUGUCACUGGAGCUGGUGGUAGAACUGGUGAACUAGUUUAUAAGAAGUUAAAGGAGAGGUCAGACCAGUAUGUUGCUAGGGGUCUGGUUAGGACUGAAGAGAGCAAACAGAUCAUUGGCGGAGCAGAUGAUCUUUAUGUUGGAGAUAUAAGGGAUGCUGACAGCAUUCUACCUGCAAUCCAAGGCAUCGAUGCUCUCAUAAUCCUUACAAGCGCUGUGCCUAAGAUGAAACCUGGCUUUGAUCCGACCAAAGGUGGGAGGCCUGAGUUCUAUUUUGAAGACGGGUCGUAUCCUGAACAGGUUGAUUGGAUUGGACAGAAAAACCAAAUAGAUGCUGCUAAGGCUGCGGGAGUGAAGCAGAUUGUGUUAGUUGGGUCUAUGGGCGGAACAGAUCUUAACAAUCCCCUGAACAAAUUGGGUAAUGGCAACAUAUUGGUUUGGAAGAGGAAGGCUGAGCAGUAUUUGGCUGACUCCGGAAUUCCAUACACAAUCAUAAGGGCUGGAGGCUUGCAAGACAAAGAAGGAGGCAUCCGUGAACUACUUAUAGGGAAGGAUGACGAGCUUCUUAAGACCGAAACAAGAACCAUUGCUAGACCUGAUGUCGCAGAAGUCUGCAUUCAGGCACUGCAGUUCGAGGAGGCCAAGUUCAAGGCAUUUGAUUUGGCCUCAAAGCCGGAGGGAACUGGGACACCGACCAAGGAUUUUAAGGCUUUAUUUUCCCAGAUCACUACCCGAUAUUAAUUUUUGGCUUCUGUAAUGCCAAAGCGAACAUCUCCCCGUAUGAGUUUCUGUUUAUACUGGGACAAAAAGGGUAGAAAAUGAAUAGCAUAUGCGUAUGCAGCUUGAACAGUUUUUAAUUUGUAAUGCAGGGAUCAAAGAACUAGCAUGUCACUGUGCCUGCACUUUUAAUAAUGCGCCAGAGCUUGUUUUUACCUUUUCCCUUA